UUCACAAAACAUUAGGAGCUUUCCUGUAAGAGAGACACAAAGGAGGAGAGGACAGGAAAGCAGGAAGCAUGACUCUAGCUUCUAUCAUUUCUUUCCUGAAAAGUAAGGAGUCCAUCGUCUUCAAUGCUGUAAUAGCUCUGCUGACAGUGGGCGGCCAGCAAUUGUUCUCCUUCUUCGCCUUUAGCUGCCCGUGCAGCCCCACUGAUAACCUGAGGUAUGGACUGGCAUUCCUGGGGGUGCCCGCUCUGCUCCUGUUCAUCGUGGGUAUUGUGUUUAAUGACAAUACAUGGAGGUUGUUCAUGGGGACCACGUACGACGUGUCCAUCCAGGAGAUCAGCCGCCAGAGCCUCCUGAUAAAGUACAAGCUCCUGUGCUUCGUGCUGGGGAACAUCCUGGGCAGGUCUCUGGUGGCUCCAAUCACAUGGCUGGCGGUGACCCUACUGAACGGUGUCUACUAUACGUGUGCGGCCAGCGAGUAUGCCAAUGUACAGAGAUACGACAUCCUCAAAGCCAUGAGUGUGGAGGACAGGAGGAGGACCCUGGCUCAGUUCCCGUGUCCGCAACUAGUACUCAGCAACUUCACCAGAGUCCGGGAGGAGAUAGUGCUGGAGCUCAAGUACCAGUCUCAGGUUAGCGGAUGGCUUUUGGUGGCAUGUGUAACGCUCUUAUUCUUCAUAGUCCUGUGUGUAGGCAGGUGUUGUUCGCCGCUCACCUACCUUCAUCUGAGGUAUUGGACCAGCUACAUUAAUAACGAACAGGUUUUAUUUGAGCAAGCAAUGGACCAGCAUUCAAGGAUUUUUGCUCUGGAAAAUAUCAAGAAGUUUUUUGGUUUUUCACCUGGGAGUAAAAAGAUUUCUGAAAUUCGUAUCCCAUCACGAUUGGAUUGGAAAGCCAUUUCUGGACUUGAUCUCCUUAAAGUAGUCAAUCAGGACUAUUGCCAUUACAGUCUUCUUCAGGCAUGGGCAGAUGAAGAUAUAGACGAUGGAAAAAUGAUUCCUAUUGAUUUAGAACAAACCACUAUUGAGGUUCCUCCAGUUCAAGUUCCGCCUAUAUCUAUAACUUCAUAAACAUGUAGUUCCGUCUUCUUCCAGUCCACCCAAAAUGCAUACUGCUGUGUUUUGUAGAUACUAAUGAUACAAAACCACCCAACAGGGCAAAGCAACAGGUUUACUUAAGGACCGCCUCCUGCAUAUAUACAUUGGCAGAAUGGCACG